AUGCCACUACCCUGCGAGCCACUCUGUUACUUUGGGGGAAGUACCCCCCGUGGCUGCAUGGCCGCAACCCCCGAUGACGACGCGAAAUACUGGUACAUCACGCUCGAUGAUCAGCUCCCAUACCUGUCUUUCUUUCAAGACUGGGGACCGUUGAACUUGGCGAUGGUAUACAAGUCGUGUAUCUUGAUCCACGAGCUGCUCCAAGAUCCUGCCAUCACCUCCCACUACAUCGUUCUCUACUCCUCUUCUGAUCCAAGAAAGAAAGCCAACGCUGCAUUGCUCAUGGCACUAUUUGUGAUGAUUGUGCAACAAAGACCACCCUGGGAAGCAUUCCAGCCUAUCGCCGAGCUCGAAUUCAUGCCUUUCCGGGAUGCCGGCCGAGGACCUUCAGACUUCAAUCUCAGUAUACAAGAUUGCCUUUGGGGAAUUUACAAGGCUAUGCAGAACGGCCUUUGUGAUAUGAACGAGUUCAACAUCGAGGAUUACGAGUUCUACGAGAAGGUGGAGAACGGUGACUGGAAUUGGCUUACUCCGAAUUUCAUCGCAUUCGCCUCUCCUGUGGACCCACUAUGGAUCAAGAGGGAGAAGGAUAAACGUGACCAGGAGAACCAGGCCAUCUCGCCACCCUCACCAGUGAAAUCUGUCGCUCUGCAACGAAAGCUGUCUACACCGUUCCAGAACUGUUUGGAUUACUUCGAACGCGAGGGUGUCAAGCUGGUAGUACGGCUCAACAAUGCGCUCUACGACGCCCAACUUUUCCAAGACCGCGGCAUCAACCACGUGGAGAUGUAUUUCGACGAUGGUACCAACCCCGCCGAUGAAAUCGUCAGACGCUUCAUUGAUUUGGCCGAUGAAGUAAUCGAGGCUGGUGGAGUGGUUGCUGUCCAUUGCAAAGCAGGUUUGGGACGCACUGGUACCCUCAUCGGCGCAUAUCUCAUCUGGAAGUACGGCUUCACAGCCUCGGAGGCUAUCGCAUUCAUGCGGAUCGUACGACCUGGUAGCGUUGUCGGCCCUCAGCAGCAGUACAUGUAUCUCAAGCAGCUGGAAUGGACGAAGUGGGCAGCGGCUGACGAAAUGCGCAAGGUUCAGCAACAAGCAACAGCGGUCGCCACGAAGCUUGUCGCUCCUGUCACACCACCCGCGGAAACAGAGGACGAGAUGGAUGUUCUCACCGAGACCACGACGACAACAGUGGUGUUGACCUCUGUUCCUCCUGUCACUCCCAGCAAGCACGUCGCUGCGGCUGCUGCUAAAGCGCAUGCUAUCGCGCCGCCUGGCCAGCCUCGCAAGACUCCAGCUGCGAAGCGUACUGCGUCUGAUACGGACGGGGAAGAAGACGACGUCCUGCCUGCCCUUGGCACUGCUCCUGUCGCCGCCCCUCGUCGUAGCAAGACGAAACCAGUGUCAGCUCGAUCCGCUAACCAGCGAGUUCCGGCAUCUGAGCAACGUCCAUCACGAGUCACGCGGUCGUCUGCCGCUGUCGCUGCGAAGAAAGCCAGCAAUGUUCUCGCUCCUACCAAGGCUACAAAGGCAAACGGGCAAUUACCGCACAAAAUUCCCCGUCUCACGAAAGACACGUCCGCGCGAGGACCCGUCGGAUCUUCCAAGGAGGUCCCUUUGCCUUCAGCUCCAGUGACUGGACGACCACUUCGGCCUCGGCAACCCGGUUCGCCCACACCGUCACGACUACCCACGCUCGUCGGCGGCAAGCGCACACACCACGGCUCUACUCACUCGGUUCAAGAGACUCCCGCUGCUGUCGCCGCGAUUGCCAAAGCUGCGAGUUCAGGGACGUGGGUCGCAAACAACGCCUCUUCGGUAGUCGUUCCGGCGUCCAAGUCGGAGCGGCCAGGACUGCGAAGCAUUCGACGCAGACGCAGUAGCUUCAGUGCGGCGGACGUAGUUGCGUAG